GGCAGACGUGCGGCCGCUCCAGACACUCCGCAGGAUUACAGGAAAGCAAUUUAGAGAUUCACUGGGAAAACACGGAAGGAAUGGCGCUGAAAACGAAAAGUCGAAAUACCAAGCAGGACUUCGUCUUGGAAAACAACAAACUGAAGGAGCUGACCGCCGUGAAUGACUUCUACACCCAGAGCGAGCCACAUCGUCCUGGAUAGAAAGCUGUCGCGACGCGGAUACGAGGAGUGAUGGCACUGGACGUCACACUUGUCACCUUCCAUUGCUGUCCUUUGAAGUGCCCGGCAUCGGGAGCUGACAUCUGGGCAGUUUCUUUGCCAGCCGCAGCAGCCUGUCAUCCACUAAGAAUGAAGCCUGGCUUUGGGUGCUUGUGGGCACCUGAGGGUUUGCUUGGACUCUUAAGACAAGUCGUGUCCAGAGCACAGAGCUGCUGGAAAGGAGUGAUGGAGAAGUUGUGGUCUGCAAUGCGCUCCUUCUGCAGUGGAAUGGAUGUCCCUUUUCAUUAUCUGGAGCUCACCAUGGCCAACGUAUCCUGUGGGGGGCAGAGUGCCCACCUGAGUAAGGACAUGUCCAGACAUCUGGUUUGGGAGGACACCUUAAAUGAGUGUAUGGAUCAAAGGGAGGCUCAGCUUUGUGGUGAGGACAAAGUCCUCUCGGAGUGUGAAUGGGGGGCGGACCUGAAUGACCUGGAGGCCUCGCUGGCACCAAGGGGUCUGACCAGUGACAAUUCUGACUUGGAGGAUGAGACCGACAACUCAGAAUGGUCAGAGUCCGACUGGGAAGAUGAAGAUGAAGAAUCGGAAGACAGUUCAGUUCUGUGGAACAGCUUCUUCCAAAAUGACCUCCACAAUCCGUUCAGACUGUGCAGUCCAGAAAUGGCAAAGGUGCCAAAGAUCAGAGAUGAUGUUCAGGAGCAGGGGGGCAAACUAUCAGACGGGCAGGACCUUCAACGGCGAGAUGAGAAGACCACCAAAAAGGUUCGAUUCAGUGACGUGGUUCAGGUGCGACCCCUGGUGGUGUGGGCACAUGCUGCACGUGCGGCACGGAACGGUGAGUGCUGGCAAGCCAUGGCCAGGGACCGCGCCCGCUUCCAGAGGAGGGUCCAGCAGGUGGGCGAGCUGAUCAGCCCCUGCCUCCAGCCGGAACAUCGGAAGAAAGUCCUGGAGAAGAUGGGCCUCGGAGCAGCGGGGUCAUGAUGUGUGUGAAUAAA